AUGGCUUUCACUCUAGUACAAGCUCAUGGCAUGUGUAUGAUUUUAGCUAUGAUGGUCUUCGGUUCCACGGGUAUUUUUAUGGCACGUUAUGGACGUUCAUUACGUUGUGGGUCUCGUAGACAAUUACUUGGCAAAGCUGUUUGGUUUCAAAUACAUCGACUUCUUCUUUCGAUAUCUUCUCUAUCAAUCCUUCUAGGCUUCUUUUUGAUUAUUGUCCGUGCUGGUGGUCAAUGGGUAAAUCCUCGAGUUUAUGGUCUAUGUUUAUUUGUUCAUUCCAUAUUGGGUGGUACAAUUGUAUGCUGCGUUAUAAUACAAAUAUGGUUAGCACUAUAUCGUUGCAAUCCUCGUAGUCGAUUUCGUUUUAUUUUUAAUUGGAGUCAUCGUAUCACUGGUUUAUUAAUUUUUAGUCUGUCAUUUCCAAUGCUAUUUAUUAUCAUAUCUGUGAUGGCCAAGUAUUCUACUGUUCUCCUUACAAUUGUUUCUUUUUGGACUGCCUGGAUAGUCGUUGUCAUCAUUAUUUGUGAAACAAUUGAACAUAAAAAACGAGUAUCCGUUUUACCAACGGCAAACAAUGUCCGACAAGAUGAUACAAAUCAGGAAAAUACUAAUACUAGUUUACCAUUGGAUACUGAAGCAACUACACAGACAAACAUCGGCAGUCAAUAUCAUAAUCAAAUAAAACUACUUUUACUUAUCAGUCAUAUUCCUAUUAGCAUUACUCUUUCUGUUUUACUCAUUGUAUAUAUUUCUAAAUAA